AUCUUUCAUCACCUCCAUCUUUUAUCAAUCACAUUUCUACGUUAUUUCAUUUCCCAAUAUUUCAUAUCAUCUCCAUCUCAUCCGAUCACCGAUAGAAUGGCGGAUAAUGGAGAAUUUAGUUUUCCUAAGACGCCAACAAAAGGACGAAACGGGCUUCCUAAGAUACAAACACAUGGAAAGAAGGAUGACAAGAUCUGUCAUGAUGAUAGUGUGCCGACAGUGAAAGCUCAAACGAUCGACGAACUACAUUCUCUUCAAAAGAAGAGAUCUGUCCCAAAUACUCCGAUAAAAGGAACUACUCCGAUGAAAGGAGAUACCCAGCCUGCUUUUAAUGUUGUUUCUGAUGAGGAGCGUGAGAAACAACAACUUCAAUCUAUUAGUGCAUCUUUGGCCUCAUUGACAAGAGAAUCGGGACCAAAGGUGGUGAAGGGAGAUCCAGACAGGAAGGCCGAAACUCCAAGAGCUCACGUGACACACCAAGAGCGUCACGUGCAUGCUCCUAGUUUUAGUACUAGUGAUAGUUCUCUCAAGUUCACUCAUAUCCUCUACAACUUAUCCCCUGCUGAACUUUACGAGCAGGCAAUUAAGUAUGAGAAAGGAUCAUUCAUAACAUCUAGCGGUGCUUUGGCCACGCUCUCUGGUGCAAAAACUGGGAGAUCACCUAGGGACAAACGUGUUGUUAGAGACGAAACAACUGAAGAUGAACUUUGGUGGGGAAAGGGGUCUCCAAAUAUUGAGAUGGAUGAACACACUUUCCUGGUCAAUAGAGAAAGAGCUGUGGAUUACUUGUGCUCACUUGAUAAGGUUUAUGUGAACGAUCAGUUUCUCAACUGGGAUCCAGUUCAUCGUAUCAAAGUCCGUAUUGUGUCAGCUAGAGCCUAUCAUUCAUUAUUCAUGCAUAACAUGUGCAUCCGACCCACUGCUGAAGAGCUUGAAGACUUUGGUACUCCAGACUUCACCAUAUACAAUGCUGGGAUGUUCCCAUGUAAUCGUUACACACAUUAUAUGACGUCAUCCACUAGCGUAGAUCUCAAUCUUGCUAGGAGGGAGAUGGUCAUUCUUGGAACCCAAUAUGCUGGUGAAAUGAAGAAAGGUCUUUUUGGUGUUAUGCAUUAUCUCAUGCCUAAGCGCCAAAUCCUCUCCCUUCACUCAGGUUGCAAUAUGGGCAAAGACGGUGAUGUGGCCCUAUUUUUUGGACUAUCAGGUACCGGAAAGACCACACUAUCAACUGAUCACAACAGAUAUCUAAUUGGAGAUGACGAGCAUUGUUGGAGUGAGAACGGUGUAUCAAACAUUGAAGGUGGUUGCUAUGCGAAGUGCAUUGAUUUAUCAAGAGAAAAGGAACCUGAUAUCUUCAAUGCCAUUAAGUUCGGAACAGUGAUGGAAAACGUUGUUUUUGAUGAGCAUACCCGGGAGGUCGACUACUCAGACAAAUCUGUUACAGAGAACACUCGUGCGGCAUAUCCUAUAGAAUACAUACCAAAUGCUAAGAUACCAUGUGUCGGGCCUCAUCCAAAAAACGUCAUCCUAUUAGCUUGUGAUGCAUUUGGGGUGCUCCCACCUGUGAGCAAGCUAAAUCUAGCCCAAACUAUGUACCAUUUCAUCAGUGGCUACACUGCUCUGGUCGCUGGAACAGAAGACGGAAUAAAAGAGCCUCAGGCAACAUUUUCCGCUUGUUUUGGAGCAGCAUUUAUAAUGCUUCAUCCAACCAAGUAUGCAGCCAUGUUAGCCGAAAAGAUGCAAAAGCAUGGUGCAACCGGAUGGCUCGUUAACACUGGCUGGUCAGGUGGAAGGUAUGGAUCAGGUAAGCGUAUAAAGUUGGCAUAUACAAGGAAAAUUAUUGAUGCAAUCCACUCGGGGAGCCUUUUGGAAGCGGAAUACACCAAGACCGAGAUAUUUGGGCUUGAAAUCCCUACUGCGGUCGAAGGUGUUCCUUCUGAGAUUCUUGAUCCAGCAAACACAUGGCCCGACAAGGCAGCUCACCAGGAGACACUAGUGAAGUUGGGAGGGUUAUUCAAGAAGAACUUUGAGGUGUUCUUGGACUACAAGAUUGGAACGGAUGGCAAGCUGACCGAUGAAAUCUUGGCUGCCGGUCCAAACUUCUGAAAGUGAAAGAAACAAUAUUAUACGAGACGCAAUAAAAUAAGUUAAUUCCUUUCUCUCCAUGGCUGAAGUCCACUGCAGAUGAUGUGAUGACGUUAUGAAUAUCACACAUUGUUUUUGAUUUGAGAACUUCAUCCUCUGAAUAGGAUGUACCCAAAAAAUUUCGUGUAAAAUCGUUCUAUACAACUUCCAAGAGGAAGGAUUAAGUUAUAUGCUUUCAUGAGUGGAAUUGAGUUGUAUUAUGCAAAUCGAACACUAUAUUUCCUUUGUAUUUGUAUAAUGGUUGCUAUUUCAAAGAAAAUAUAUGUCAUAUUUAUUUUUUGUCCA